AUGGCGGGGCGCAACUAUUCGUCCCACAAGUUUAGCCAGGUGUUGCGCAAGGACGGCACGCUCGACGUCGACAAACUCGCGCGCGAGUGCAGCCGCGACGUCUUCGAAGAUAAGCGGCACCGGCGCGUCGACGACAUGAAAAAGAAGGCCAUUGGCACGUCCCGCGACUACGACGAGUUCCGCAACUUUGUGCACUGCGCCGAGGACAUGCUCGAGCCCGUGUCGUCGCGCGAGAUGGAGGAGCUCAAGCGGGGCAGGACGGGCUGGGCGCACACGGCCGCGGCGCGCGCGACUCGGCGAGACCGGACGGCGGGCGCCGCGGGUGCGCCGUUCGAGCCGCGGCGCCGCGCGGUCCUGGAGGACGCGCCCGACGCGACGACGCGACCACCACCCGCGACGCCGCUCGAGCUCGACCGCGACUGGCGCCGCUGCCGCGUUCGGCCCGGCCCGAAGCGGACGGCUGUUGCCGCGCUGGCCGAGACGCGCCGCCGUCGCGAAAAAUACCUCGCGAGACACGGACCGACCGUCCUCGCGCCGCUCCUCGCAUCGGAACUCGACGCGACGCUCGUCGCCGAGGUCCUCGACACCGUCUGCCGCCCCUGGGUCGAGGCCGUGCCCGCUGCCGCGCCGCCGCCGCCGCCGCCCACGGGCGAGGGCGCCGCGGCGGCGCCGCCGCCGCUCGAGGAUGCGUCGCCGGCGCGGCGCGCGCACGACGCGCUGCGUUGGCUCGAAGCCGUCGCCCGCGCGCCCCGUUUCUCGCUCAACCUGCUCAUGUUCGAGAAGGAGCUCACGGACACGAUCGGGAGAGCGAUCGAGACCGCCGGCGCGGCGGCCGAGGGGCCCGGGGCGGAUGUCCUCGUCGCUGCCGUGCAAGCGUCCUACGGCGCCCACACGUGACCACCACCGGCACUUGCGACGGGAAUCAAUCGUGACGUGGUGCAUAUAUUUUGUUAUUCGCAA